ACGCCUCUUCGCGCCCGAGUCGUUCCCGCUGGGCAGCUGGGGUUCUGGUCCAUCCCGGAAGUGGGCUCGGUGCCCGUGGUUCCCUCUCUCGGGUGGCGACCGUCGCCACGGUGGCGGCCACUGCAUCUCGUCCCACCUCCGCGGCGCUGGGCGCCGUGGUGCCGACAGGUCCCGAACCUAUGACGGGCCAGAGCCAGCCGGCGGCCGGGUCAUCGGCGUGGAGCACGGUAUUCCGCCACGUCCGGUACGAGAACCUGGUGGCUGGCGUGAGCGGCGGGGUCCUGUCCAACCUUGCGCUGCAUCCGCUCGACCUCGUGAAGAUCCGCUUCGCGGUAAGUGAUGGAUUGGAACUGAGACCAAAAUAUAAAGGAAUCUUACACUGUUUGACUACCAUUUGGAAAGUUGAUGGACUUCGGGGACUUUACCAAGGAGUAGCCCCAAAUGUGUGGGGUGCAGGCUUGUCCUGGGGGCUCUACUUUUUCUUUUAUAAUGCCAUCAAAUCAUAUAAGACAGAAGGAAGAACGGGAGGAUUAGAGGCAACAGAAUACCUCAUCUCAGCUGCUGAAGCUGGAGCCAUGACCCUCUGCAUUACAAACCCAUUGUGGGUGACAAAAACUCGCCUUAUGUUACAGUAUGAAGGUGUUGUUAAUGCCUCACCACGCCACUAUAAAGGAAUGUUUGAUGCACUUGUGAAAAUAUAUAAGAAUGAAGGUGUGCGUGGAUUGUAUAAGGGUUUUGUUCCUGGGCUCUUUGGAACAUCACAUGGUGCCCUUCAGUUUAUGGCAUAUGAAUUGCUGAAGGUGAAAUACAAUCAGCAUGUCAGUAGAUUACCAGAAGCCCAGUUGAGCACAGCAGAGUAUAUAUCUGUUGCGGCACUGUCCAAAAUAUUUGCUGUGGCAGCAACAUAUCCAUAUCAAGUUGUGAGAGCCCGUCUUCAGGAUCAACACAUGUUUUACAGUGGUGUAGUGGAUGUAAUAACAAAGACAUGGAGGAAAGAAGGCAUUGGUGGAUUUUACAAAGGAAUUGCCCCCAAUUUGAUUAGAGUAACUCCAGCCUGCUGUAUUACCUUUGUAGUAUAUGAAAAUGUCUCCCAUUUUUUACUUGACUUUAGAGGAAACAAAGUAAGCUAAAAGAAGAUAAUUCCAAUUUCUCCACCCAGACUAUGAGUUCCUUUGUGCUUGAGACAUGAAACUGAGAAGAAUGCUGCACAGCCACGUGGCUCAUAAUCAGAAUUUAUCUAUAAUCAUUAGAAGUCAAAGAACUGCCAAGUCUUCUCCAUGUUUCCUGCUUCUUUGCUUCUCCAUAUAUGUGGGCCCAGGCUGCCUCUACCUGUAAUGGCUGCAUCACAUAAUGUUCAAACUGGAACAAUGUGUAGAAUUUCACAGAUUUGACCAUUUCAUUGUCUAGUACAAACAUUUGUGAAAUGCAGCAUUUGUAAAUAAGAUUAGAUAAAUACCCCUUUUCUGAACUCUUUUGCCUACAUAGGCUUUAAAAUGGACUUUUGUGCAAUAGAAAGGAAAUGGCUUCUUACAAAAUUGUCAUUAUUUAAGGGUAAAUUAAACUUUGAAGAUUUACUAAAUAAGGUGUUGCUCAAGUUCUGACCAUUUUCAGUGAAGAUAUUUUUGUGAGAUUAAAAAGUCUGCUGAACAUUUACUGUAGUUUUAAUCCAACUAGAGCACACUAACUUUGGAAAUUGAAGAAGUUACGUACUUCUCUGAGAAAUACUUAACAUCUUUUAUCAUUCCACUGCUGAUUUUUCCCCCAGAGGCUCUCCUAUAAUUUAAAAUGUAACCUUGGAUCCAGUUCUUUUUUUGGUCAUAAGUAGUGUAGUUCAAAGUUAUAAAAUCUGAAAUCCUAGGAUAUGAAUUAUCAGAGAUGCUAAAUAGAUCACUUUUCACAGAUGCUUGAAUGUUGGAGGUGUGUUUAUAUAAAAAUACAGAAUAGAAAGCUGGACACCAGUGGCUCAUACCUAUAAUCCUACCUACUCAGGAGGCUAAAAUCUGAUGUUCAUGCUCCAAAGCCGGCUCAGGCAAGAAAAACUGAGAGUCUUAUCUCCAAUUAACCACAAAAACAACAAC